AUGAAGAAGAAGUUUAGAGAUUCCUCGUCGAGUUCUAGCAGCAGUGAAAGCACUUCAUCGAGCAGAGAAUAUGCAUUAAGAAGUAAAAAAAAGCAAAAAAGGACAAAAAAGAGACAGGUUUUGACACCGGUUAUAUCUUACGUAACUCGGAAUGGAGAUGUCGUUUAUCAAAAGAAGGUGAAAAAGGACAAAGCAGGAGAUUGGCUGGAUCUUGGAAAAAGUAAGUCUAGAUUCGAAGAAGAGAGUAAAGAAGAGAUCGAAAAUAUUGAUAGCCAAGAGAUGACUGUUCGUGACCUAAAACGUAAAUUUGAUUUGAAGUCAAAGAAGCAUAAACAUAGACAUUAA